UUACAUCCUUUUCUGUUUUUAAUUACUUGGAUGUGCCUUUUAAAACCCGUAUGUUUGCCUCCGAUGACUAUAAGUAUAUACAGAUGUAUUCAGAUGUAGAGGAACUUUGAUGUACGCAGGGAGGCACGAGGCGAGGAUUCGAUACGCUGUAAACCUGUCUCCAGACACGGCAGACUCGACUAGCUUCAGUGGCUGACAAGACGGUGCAGUGUGGUCGGUAAGCGUGUGUAGCUGUUUACACCACGUGCUCCAGUGAGAGAUAAAUAUAGCUCUAUCACGUGACGAAUCAUCUUCACAGAGAUAUAAUGUUAUGCACGUGCACAUAUAAUUAGGGAGACCAUGAUUCGUUAUUCCUGCAGUAUUUGAUGUGGAUGUGUUGAUAACAACAAUGGUUUAAGUGUUUCACUCCCGCUGUCUAUCUUGCACGAAGGGUACACUUGUGAGCGCUGUGUUAAAUCUGACGUGCACGUGUUGGGGAAAUAUUGACACUGGCCGUUUGAUAUAGUGUUUACUACGUAUACGCCGAUGUUUACUAUGGUCAGACACCGUGAGUGUCGGACUGAUGCACGACUGACAUGUAACUAACAAUACUACCCUCUGUCCGGACUUACACGUGGAUCAAAUGGUCAAUAUAAGUGAUCAGUUAGUGAUACAGGAGGACAAUAUGAAGUGGACACUAUUCAUCGUGGUCAUUCUCUUGGUAAGAAUCCAACCAGAGGUACUAGCGGAGCAACAGCUCUCAAGACAAGAUGUCCUCAAUCAUCUCCUCAAUACCUCCCGGUACGACUCGAGUAUAGCCCCGAAUUUCGAGCAAGACACAGCGACAAAUGUGACAAUACAGCUGUUUGUGCGCAGUAUACAUUCAAUACGCGAGAUAUCCAUGGAUUUUUCUGUGGACAUCUUUCUUCGACAAAAAUGGACUGAUCCUCGCCUUGUAUUCAUCAAUAUGACCGAUAUCACACGGCUCGAGCUGGACCAGAAACUUAUAGAUAAGGUCUGGGUCCCCGACACAAUCUUCACCAAUGAGAAAGAGGCAGCUGUCCAUUCUAUCACUGUUCCCAACAAACUUAUGCACCUGUACCAGAAUGGUACCGUGUUUUACAGCGCUAGGAUUGGGAUGACCCUGAGCUGCCACAUGGAACUACAGAAGUAUCCUUUGGACUCACAGUUCUGUCCCUUUUACAUGGAAAGUUACGGAUACACGACUGAAAACCUGAUAUUCCACUGGGAUACCACUAAGGCUAUGGAAAUAACGGAAGUAGAACUACCUCAGUUCUUCAUCGAAUCUGACCCUUAUUUCGACCGCUGCGACAAAGACUAUGGCGAAGCUGGCAUUUUCACUUGUCUGGAGGGUGGUGUACUGUUGAGAAGGAACACUGGGUAUUACGUUAUACAAGUGUUCGUACCAAGCAUCCUUAUUGUCAUUCUGUCGUGGGUCUCGUUUUGGAUCGACAUUGACUCGACAGCAGCGAGGAUUUCAUUGGGUGUCCUCACAGUGCUCACCAUGACAACGCAGAGUGCCGGUGCACGCUCUCAGCUUCCGCGUGUGUCAUACGUAAAGGCUAUCGACGUAUGGAUGGCAACCUGUCUGUUCUUCGUGUUUGGAGCUUUAAUCGAAUUUGCAUAUGCAAAUGUGACAUUAAGAGGGAAAAAGAAAAUGAAUGGUGCUCCAACAGCUGUCCAAGGAAGUUCUGAGUGUGUGCAAAGUGAAACUUCAUUCCGAUUCUUCAAGAAAUGUGAUGACCCAAAGAGAAGAGCUAGAUGUAUUGACAAAAUAUCACGAGUUUUAUUUCCUGUGUCAUUUUUAGUUUUCAACUUAGUUUUUUGGGUUUACUAUACAUUUACACCGGACGGUAAUCCUCACAUCACAUAAACGCUUUUAAUAUUAUCCGUGUCAUUCUGGCGUCAGACACUAUCCGGUGUUCUCAAACGGACGCCUGUAGACUUCUGUGUCAUUCCGAUUCACUGGCAAACAGUUUUGUGAUAUUAAGUAAACAACUAGAUUAAACUAAUUAAAGAUUAAAACUUCUUCUAGCUGAGAAGAAUUAUUUGAGAUCAAAUCUCGAUAGUCAAACUGUGAAUAUAUUCCUACUGUGGCAAUUUGCAGGUUUUAACAAAUCAUAUACCAAUUUUCCCCUAAAAUAUUUUGUCUGCAAUACAGCUUAUCACAUUUAUAUAAGUCGCUUACUGAACUAUAUAUUUUUCACAAACGAUGGGGAUUUAAUUAUUUUCCCAUCGGCUGUAGAGGCAAACGUUAACUAAUACUUGUGUAACAGGUUAAGAUUUCUCCUGCUCAAGGAUGUACUAAACUGUAUUAUUAUGAGGAUACAAUUCUCGUUAAUAGCGUCCUGCGUCGGGUGUUUGUGAUAAUUUGUUUUAAACAAUUGUCUUACCUUUGUUAUUCGCGUGCUGUUCAUAUAUUUCGCCGUGUCGUAAUUGGCCAAACAGGUGUUUAUUUCUGUGAAAUAAUUUCAUAUCAUGCAAUAUUGUGCUUAUUUAAUUCUUAAGACUAUUAACAUGCUUUGUUUAAUCUUGUUUUUUUGUGUAUGAAUGUUUAAAAGAAUUUUGAAUGUGAACUAUAAGUUGCCAUUAUGUACCAGUUUACAACUGCGCUGUUUAACAGCUUUAUCCGUGAACACAUGCCAAUUUUGUCAUAAUGCUUUAUCAGCCUUAUUAUCUAUCUAAUAAGUAUUGCACAUUUUUCAAUAAAUUACCAUGGAUAUCCUACAUUACAAGGUGUCAUCUCGUGAGGGAAAGGUAUUCCCAAGUAACUUACCAAUGAUAUGAAGAAAUCUAGUUUUCUUUUCUAAAUGCCUUUUUUUUAAACAAACCUUAUUAAACUUUUUCAAUAUUAAAGUUUGCAUUGAUGGUUUUAUUCGCUAUUAAAGCAGCCAUACAAACACUCCUGGGCAAGGUGUACGUUACUGUUCGUCCUCUUUUCCAUGGACUUGGGUUUAUGCGAUGAAGCAAUAUUCCACAAACAGCCACAAAUCAAAACUUAGUUUGAUGUACAAGGAGAACAUGUCGUUAAACUCGCACUGAAUAGAAACACUUAAUUUGAAUUUAAUGUUCUAAGUCUUACUUUUCAUUUUUGCUCCCAAAAUCGUCGCGAUAUAUAUACAAUAAAUGAACAUUCAAUUAGCUUAGAGAAUAUGUAUUUCUCAACGAAAAUAAGAAUUUAUUCAAAUCGUCUUUUAUUAUAUUUGAGUGGGUAUGAUAAAAUGAUACAGAUACUGUGAACACCGAUUUGGUAAUUCAUUUACGUGAACAGUUAUUAAGAAACAACACUAAGUGGGACAGACUCAAUUUUAAAUAUUUAUACAUCGACCACGAAGCUAACACGAGGUCAGAAGAAAUUUGACAAGAAAAUUAACACAUUGAAAAAUGAAUAAGUAUUUGACAAUGAUAACGAAGGUUCAGUUUGAUAAGGAAAGUGACGGACUGACAAAGAAAACGACGUAUUAACAGGGGAAAAUAACGUAUUGAAGAGGAGUAUGACCGUUUGACAAGGAAAACAUACUGCUUAAUGUUGCUUUAUGUAUGCAUAAUUCCAUAGUCGUCUGUAGCUUACUAAUUAAAAAGUUGAUUAUAACUAACACGAACUAUUUUUUUCUCUACAGAGUUUGCUCAAUAAUUUAAAUUUCAUAUAUUUUGUAGUCUUGAUUAGAAGUUUACUCAAAAGAAAAUCCAUAUAAUUUCAAAUGAAAUAUUACUUUCACGCUGUCUCAGAAAACAAAGAAAACAAGAGCCAGAGUUGGAUACAAUGAGAAAAGAAAACAUGUGAAAUGCAGACAGAUCUGCAAGGCAAAAGCAAUACAAAGGGCUGAAUGAGAGCAGCCAAUAACACAAAACGUCUUAUAGUACAACGAAGGAACUCUGUAACAUAUCAAAAAGCCUUUGAUGCACUGUCUAGGAAUAUGCAAUACAACCUUAUUGUUUUUCUGGAAUGGCAAACAUGUGUGCGAUAUAUAGAGGCAAGGAGAGAAUUCCAAACAGAAUGUUUCUGCAAUCAAGUAUAAAGGAGACACUAGCGAAUUACAAGUGCAUGGGAAACUCUUUAAUGGCAAAUAUCUAGAAAAGAAAAGGUUCUAAAGGAACGUUUUUAUCAUCAGGUCUUCCAUCCGCAUAUUUACACUAAAAUCGGUGUUACUUUUCUCAAAGAUAUUUUUAUGAGUUCCUUACGUGUUGUGAUCCACCUAAACAAAGUGACUUAACCUCACACAAACAGCGAUGAUAAUUGGAGAAAAGCCAUUUCUAAAAGGGAAAAUUCAUCCACAAGACAUUCUUAACUUUUUCUCGUGUUCCCAUUCUGACCAUUCAUUAUAAUAAACUGACCGUGCUGUUGAUAGGCUGUACAGUAAAAUAUAUAACUCAUAAAAGCGAAGGUCCAUUAUCACAAGGUGUAUAAAAUACAAAGACCUGAAGUAGAUUGUCUGAACUAGCUGAAAAGUAUCAAAAAUAUCCAUUUCAGCAUAAAUAAUUGAUUAAUCCCAAAGGUAAAACAGUAAAUAAGGAAACUGCAUCCAAUCACACAUUAUGGGCUUAUACCAGCAAGUAGUCGAUGCCAGUUAGCUAACAUUCUUUAAAUUUGAAUGAUUCACAACUAGCUAAACAUCAUUUAAUUAAAAUAAUUUAAAUCGUUUAUAAGAUAUUUUUCAAAAUAAAGGUCCUUCUAGGUGUCAAACGUUGAAUAAUAUAGAUACUAUGAGGCAUGCACUCUCUUUGAUUGAACAACUAAACUAAUCCAACGCAACUCGGCGUUCCUCUGCAAUAUUUAUUAGAACUGGUGUACAUGUGUAAUCAAAGGAGAUCUUUCGCGUCAAAAUAAAUCGUAGGGAUGAAAUCUCGAGAGAACAGGAGAGAUACUAUCUUACUCGGUUUGCAUUCAGUGAUGCCACGUUUCCUCUCUGAAACUAUCCUACCGGGAUCCCGAGGCUGAAGUGUAAGUUUCGCCGUUUCAUAUCUCGACCGUACUUUGGAAUUGAAUAUUGUAAUGAAUAUGAUACCAAGAUACAAGUACGAUGUUGUACGACGGGGUUGUCAAGUCAAAUAUGUCGAUAGUUAGGUAACGGCGUAAAGAACGAUUGGAUUGGCAAAACCGACCUUGUGCAGUUUUUCCUUGUGUAAUAGUAUACGGACAGGCAUGUUGCCUAGCCUGUAACAUUAACUAAAAUAGUUAUGUUGACUCUGAAAUAUGAUUCAUUUAAUGCGAACUUAUGCGAGAUGAGCUGUUUUAUUUAGUAAAAUAAUAGGUUAGUUAAGCUCUCUAAUGUGAAAGAAUAGGGAAAUAUUUGGUUAAAUGGGUACGAAAUAGUAUUGAUAUAGUCAAAUAUGAGCUACGUGUACAGAAUAUGAUUGAUUCGGUGAAAUAAGAUAAUAGAGAUAUGCCGCGUCCAUAUCACUUCAUUAGAUACAAAAUUAAUGUGACCAAUUAUUAAAGCAAAAAAGUACUCUAAACCAAAUAUGGAAGUUUAAAACGAAAUAAUACAGUGUGAAACAUUUUUUCUUUAUCUGACAAAUGAUGACACAAUUCAUAAAUUUAUUAAAUCCUACAACAAACAGCCUGCUGUACACAACGGAAACCAGUACGAUGAUACGUAGCUAAAACCUGAGGUGUCUUUUAAAUAGUUUCUUAAGAAAUCAGCACACACUUGGCAGUGCUGCGGGAUCACUUCAGUGCCAGGCUAUCGAUCUUCACAUCACCAACACAGCGAAAGUGUCCUUAAGUUCAAGUGUGUAAUUGAUGUUUCUAUAAGUGAUCUUAUUUGGUCCGGAUGUUCACACGAUUAUUCCCAUAGAGUGAAAUAUCACACGUCGAGACCAGAGGUGAUCGGUGAUAAUUGGGUCCCGUUACACGGUAGCGUUACUGUAACAUUACGUCGUACCUACCAGCACUAGCAUUGAUGUUGUUACAUUAUACUGAAAAUGCCUAAUUAGGAAGCUAUGUAUCAUGUUACAUCACGUUAUACUUUUGAAAUAUAAUAAAAAUGUAAAAAGCAAUAAGUUAUUUUAAGUAUUGUAAUCAUAUGAACUGUCAGUACUCUUCAGCGUGAAGUGUAAAAAAUAUAAACAUCUGAAUUUGUUAAUAAAGUAGUGGUUUUCAGUAAGUUGAAAAUAUUACAUAAUCAGUGCUGACGUUAGAUAUAUAAACCAUUUCAAAGGUCAAACUAUUUUAUUAGAUUUUCUUUUCUUUUGCAUUGAUCUAAAUUUCACAUAUACUGUCAACUUAUCGGAAAAACUCCAAU